AUGACUUGCUCAGGUCACAAAGCCAAUAAUUGGCAGGGAGCGGGGACCCCGAGUUUCCCAACUCCUAUUCGGAAUCUAUUACACUCUGCAUUAGAGAAUACGUCCUUCAAUGCCAAUCUCCAAAGCCCCAGAGCCCCUCUUCAUCCCAACCCCACCCCCAUCGUAGCCAGUUUCGUCUGCAGCAGAGGAUUGCGCCAAUGCGCGGGUAGCGAGUUGGCGGGGCCACACCCAGGGGUCCGGCCCCUGUCCAGCUCCAGUUACAGCGGCCUCUGCCCGGCCCUCCGGCCUCCUAUCUGCUCCGACAACCCCCCUCCCCCAGCACACCCCAGUCUCAGGCCCGGACACACAAAGCUCCCAGAAAGCCGAAAAAUACGCUACCAAUUCGGGAUGGAACGUUCUGUGCCCCGACCCCGCCGGGUGGGUGUGGGCUCUUCGGGUCUGGCCUGUGUGUCUCCCCUGCCAGCUGUGGCUGGACUCCCUCUGAUCGCCCCUUUCUCCUCACUCCUUUCUGUUUCCCCAGCCCAAAUUCCCCACCCAGACGGCAGGACUGGCAACCCCCUACUCACCGAGGACUGCCGGUCCUGCGGGGCAAAGAGAGCUCUCCGGGCGGCUGAGCUGCAAGAAGUGUCCCUGGCUGGGUCCGGACCGCGCGCUGAGCUGUUCAGCCUGAUCACAAAAAGCCGAGUGCCCAACAGAGCUCUCAAGGAUGUGGGGAAGAACAUGACUAAACCAGCAGACCCCAGUGAGGUGAAGCCCCCUAAAGCUCUGGGUAACAAGAAGCCCAGACAGUCUGACCACCAGAAAGUCCCAGAAGCACCCAAAGCUAGAAAGUCAAGCCCCCGAGUGGAGGCCCAGAGCCCUGGGGCCCUGGUACCCUCGCCUCCCUCCAUCUUGAUUCAGGUGGUGGGGAAAGGCCAGUUCCAGAAGGUGGGUGACUCCCUGAGCCUGCCAGCAGGAAAUGCCCUGGAGCUUCGAUGCCGGGGGAAGUCUGUGCGCUGGAGGUUCCCAGUUUAUUUGGAAGAGGAAGGAGAGGGGAGGCUCAGAAUCAAGCACUUUACCCAAUAUAGCCAGCUGCUGGUGAUGAAUUCAACUAUUGCAGACACAGGAGAAUACAGUUGCUGGUCCCGGCACUGCCAGGAUAGUGAGUGUCGGGAUGUUGAGGACCGUACAGGGAAAACCUUUGUCUUCUUUACAGAUCCACAGGAGCUCUUCAUCCCCACUGAAGACUACUAUGAAGUGGUACAGCUUCGGACCAACCAGCCAACUCUGCUGCCCUGCCAGGUGACCAGUCCCGAGGCCCAGGUUACACUGCACAGGGAGUUCCCCCCUGAAGAAGUCCCUGUGGAUGGAGUGGAUAUCUCCUUUGAUGCAAAGAAGGGCUUCACUAUACAUAGGCCUCGAGCCUCAUUUGCCGGCUCCCUCUUCUGUAUGGCCAGCCUGGGGGGCAUUCGACAGAUCUCUACCAAGUACAUAUUGAUCUAUAUCAACUACCCAUCAUCCUCUCCCAAAACCACCAUCAAAGCCUCAACAACCUCUGUUUCCUUGGGAGAAAAUUUUAACAUAACCUGCACUGCUCUGGGAGAACCUGAGAUCACCGUGGACUUCACAUGGGAGUAUCCAGGGCAGCUGGUGGGUCGGCCCCCCUAUGUCAGUGAAUGCUCCACUGUGGUGCGAAGAGCCGGCCAGGUACAGCAAGAAUGGGAGAGUGUCUUGUAUGUAGAGGAGGCCCGGGCCAAGGAUCAAGGCAUCUAUACCUGCCGAGCCACAAACCUUCAGGGUACCUCAACAGCCAGCACCCGAAUUCGAAUCUUUCAGCCCUCACGGAUCCUGGUUUCAACAGACAAGGCUGGUGACCAUUAAAGUCCCUUUUUCGCUGCAAGGCCCUGACCUUAGGGCACCUGGAGAGUAAGUGAUAUAUACCAAUGUAGGUGGCCACAUUCAACUACUCCUGUAUUCAGAGGAUAGAUCAUCUUUCCUCCAGUAGUGUGGUCUCCAAUUUCCUUCAUCUAGGCUUGUUGGAGUUAACCUUUACUCAAGCUACUUGAAUGAGGCUCCCAAACCCAGACUCCUCCAAACCCUGCCUCAGACCCUAAACCCCCACCCCCAACCCUAACAUCAAGUCCCCUGCCCCCUCCAUUAGCGCCUUCCUGGUUAACAAAUAUCUGAUCCCAUCAUGGCCUCAACAAAUCUUGGGGGAAUGAAGCUCAGGAGCCAAGCCUUUACCAUUCAACUUGACCCUGUAGUAGCAGGCCACCCCCAUUUUACUCCCUCACUCCCAAGACAAAGAUGGAGGCCAAAUAAAGACACUGCACAAUCUUUAUUUCAAA